AUGAGCAUGGACUCACUCGUCCCGCGCCACGGCGAUGACGGCGAUGGCGCAAUGAUGGAGAAUUACUGGGGGUAUGGCUCGCGAGUCCUGCCCUGCAAGAGCGACGAGGGCACUUGCGAGUACCUUGAUGCCAUUUACGACGGCCAUGCCACUGGGAUGCUUCACAUCGGCAUCUUCUGGGCAUCAAUCGCUGGUCUGCUGCUAGUAUGGGCCAUUGUGAGGAAGAUCAACGCGAGUGGUCCUACAAGGGCCGUCGAACUUGCAAACCAACCUGCCCAAUCGGGGGCUAGCGACGAUCGUGAGGCUGGACUCGGCCAGCAGCCAAAUCGUAUCCUGGCUUUAACCACCCGCACCAAUGCUGCUGUCCGAGCUUGGUGCAACCGACAUCUGCUCGCAAGGAACCCCCUGCCCUCAAUCUUCGGCGGUGCUACGCGCCUGCAAGUAAUCACCCUCCUGGGUCUGGCCUCCUACCUCAUCAUUCUUACUUUUGCAGGCAUCGUAUACAAAAUUUGGCGCACGCCAAGCAAGAAAGAUCCCUCGCUCACCAGCACACGCUCUGGGCUGGGUCCUUUUGCAGACCGACUGGGCACGCUCGCUUUUGGUCUUACGCCUCUCUCCAUUCUCCUCGCCAGUCGAGAGUCGCUCCUAUCGGUGAUCACUGGCAUCCCAUACGAGUCCUUCAACUUCCUUCAUCGCUGGCUAGGACACAUCAUCCUUGUACAGAGCAUCACACACAUGGCCUCUUGGUGCAUCAUCCUCGCCGCACUCUACCAACCGCAACCCUCCUCCGGUAAGGCCUCAUUGACAGAGACGUACGUCAUCUGGGGCUACGUAGCUCUUUGCGCUCUCGUCGUGCUCUGGGUAAUGUGCUUGCCCUUUGUGGUUCGCAGGAUCCCCUACGAGGUCUGGAGAAAGAGCCACUACCUUCUCGCGAUGCUGUACAUCAUCGGUUGCUUUGGUCACUGGAAAUUGCUGCAGUGCUUCCUCAUUCCCUCCGUCCUCAUCUGGGGACUAGACCGAGGGCUACGACUGCUACGCACCGCAUUGCUGCACUACAAUGUCCUUCCCGACUCUGUGGACGGAAGCAUGCGCUUCCAGACCGCAAAGGCAACGGUCAAGAGCUUCCCAAGUCCAGCAGGCGAGGGUGACGUAGUCCGUCUAGACUUCACUCACCCUGGAAGGGCGUGGGGGGUGGGUCAACACUUUUUCCUCACCUUUCCCGAGUCGACCAUCUGGCAGAGUCACCCUUUUACCUCGGCUGCAACACCCUGCCUCUCUCCCAAUGCCUACACUCAGACGCACACCUUCAUCUUCCGAGCCCACGGUGGAGAGACACGAAAGAUUGCCGACCUGGUUGAAGCAAAGGAAGCCGUUGCCAGGCAAGACGCAUCGGCUCUUGCCUCUCUCGCCUCUCUCAGUCGCGCAAAGGCUGCUUCCCUGCGCUCACCACUCCUGUCAGUGAUUCUCAGCGGACCGUAUGGCCAGUCUGUCCUCACACGUGAUGCCGACAGUGAGCAAGGCGCCGAGGGAGGUAAUGUGCUGUGUGUAGCUGGAGGCACGGGAAUCACCUACGUCCUACCCGUGGCAAUGCAGCUCGUCGCUACUCGGUCCAAAUCUCGUCUGCACCUCGUAUGGAUCUUGCGCCAUGUCCAAGACGUGCAAUGGGUCGAAAAAGAGCUGGCAUGGUUGCAGAGUACCGCAAAGGAGGCUGGUAUGGAUUUCGAAUUGAGCAUCUUCGUCACUCGAGAACAGCCCAAUAGCGGUGUCAGCGCCGAUAUCACUUCUUCUGGCUUGCAAGAGAAGGCGCAAGAGGACGAUGAGGAGAAGUGCGCUCAGCCCAUUGGGAACACCAUUGCGGUGAGCUGCUCAGCCGAGCGCUGUCAAGGUCGAAGUGCAGCCACAAAGGACCUGGAUACCAGCAGCAGCAGGAAGAGUGGCGCAGGGGAAGACUCCGAGAAGAGAUACGUUGGCAACGACGCCAGCGAACGCAGCAGCGUUGAUGGUCCAAUCGAAGACAUCAUCACCCUCGCAAAAUCUCCCGACGCUCCUUCACCUGCAAGUGGUACCGCUCUCCUCGAGAAGCCAGACGGCUGCACGGCCACUGCUCGACUGCACAAGAUUGGUCGUCCAGAUCUGCACCAUCUCCUUGGCGAAUUCCUCGAAGGUCCAGCAAAGGCACCAGCAGCACACUCUGCCUCGACUUCGACCUCUUCUGGUCUAUCAACAAGAGUCUUUGCCAGCGGACCUGGAGAGCUGCUGCGUGAUGUGCGAGCGGCAGUGGCCAAGUAUAAUGAUCCUACGCUGGCUUGGAGGAGUGGUGAAGGGAGGGGAGUAGUGGAGUUGAUGUGCGAUGACAGGGCUGCUUGCUUGUCAACGCGCAUAGAUGCAAUACAUGCAAAAAUCAUAGACGAGAUGCCUGCUGCAGCGAUCCGAGAAGCUCUUUGUCUGAGCUGGCUGAUGGAUAUUGAUGCUUAUGAUUUCGUCGAGAGAGAAGAGAAUCACCUUUUACGUCCAAGAAACGUCCACCUUGAUCGUUCACACAAGCCCCACUGUGUGCAGCCUACCCCACGCUUCCUUCGAGCCUUUAGAUUGUCGCCGAAAUCCAUCAGUCCCUUGGCAACACCUAUGCAGUCAUCGCAACCACUACAGCGCGGCGAUCAAUCCCGCAGGCAUCCUAUGCUUGACAAACAGCGCCUGUCGAGAAGUGUCCGAGGAGACGAGGUGGAUGGUGACUUGCAGUCUCCAAGACCAGCUUCGCUUGAGAGAGACCAUCAAUCUGUCCAGUCUGACCUCAUCCCACUCGAGGAGUGUGAAGCGAAGCAGAUAGCCCGAGGCGAUUGGGUGGCACUGCAGGUCGUGUCUGCCGUUCGCAAGCAGCAGAUCAGAGGGGAGAUAGGAAGGGAGUCAAUCAAGAUCAAUGACCUCCUCUACCUCGAACAAUCGACUAUAGGGUACUACUCCGCCCCUUUGACCAGUGAGGACAACGAGCUCCAUGGGCUGCCCGAGGGUCCAUUCUUUGAGGGGUACGCGUGGAUGAGCUGGACUGAGACCCUAAAGGGGACAGAAGACGGGAAAUUGGGGGAGUUGUCAGAGCUGAAACCCAAGCGUCUCCCAGUCGCGGGGGUGGGCUGUGGAGGUAUACGCUUACCCAGCAAGCACCAGGACGCAGAGACCAGGCGCAGAAAAAGUCCCCCAUCCACUCCUCUUACACCUCUCUCACCCAAGCCGGCACCGCCCGCAGAAGCAUUGGUGGGUGUGCCAGUGCCCGAGCUGGAGUGCUACUUCCCGGGCGAGCAGGAGGGGGAAAGAAGAGGUGUGGCUGCAGAGGGAAGGGUGGAGGUGGGUGAAGAGGACGAGCGGACAUGGUGA